AUGGCUAAGUCUGGUAUCGCUGCUGGUUUGAACAAAGGUCACAAGGUUGAGGCCAAGGAAGUUGCUCCAAAGAUUUCCUACAGAAAAGGUGCUCUCUCCAAGAGAACCGCUUUCGUGAGAUCUCUCGUCAGAGAAGUCGCUGGUCUCGCCCCAUACGAAAGAAGAGUCAUCGAACUCAUCAGAAACGCUGGUGAGAAGAGAGCCAAGAAGCUCGCCAAGAAGAGACUCGGUACUCAGAAGAGAGCUAAGGCCAAGGUUGAGGAGAUGAACAAGAUCAUUGCUGAAUCUAGAAGACACUAA